AUGGCCUUUACGUGGCUAGGAACAGCCACAGCAGGUGGUUGUUGGACAGCCACAGAGGCUAAAAAGGUUACAGUAAUCGUUGAUGUCCUGGCGCGACUGGUCGCGACAGGGUGCGACUAUUAUCGGUUGCCAAUAACGACAGGCACCAAAGUCAUGAUAAAUAUGAAAUCUAUGAAUCCUUCCUCGUGCAUACUAAGUGAUAAUAGGCUCACUGGGCCAAACUUUUCGGACUGGCUACGUAACUUGAACAAUGUCCUGAACAUGGAGGCUUUGGGAUACAUCCUGGAGACUCAGGAGAUUGAACUCCCUAGCGGGGAUGCUACGAGUGAUCAGCAGGACGCAUAUGAUCAGUGGUCUAUUGAUGACACGAAGGUCCGCUACUAUAUGUUUGCUUCCUUGAGCAAUGAGUUGCAAAAGCAGCAUGAGAACAUCAAGAGUUCUCGUGAGAUCUUGAAGAAUCUCAGGAAGCUAUAUGGGGAGAAUAGCAGGAUCGCACGAUAUGAAAUAUCGAAGGAAUUGUUCCGUGCGAGAAUGCAGGAGGGAACUGAAGUCGCAGCUCAUGUGUAG